UUCACUUCUGUCAAACAGCCUGACGUUUCUUCCUAUCUCGUUUGGCCCAGCCAUGUUGACCUGUAUGAGAUUAAAUUUUCAACAAUUUACAAGAAGUUGAGGCUGCAUAAAAGAAAAAAGCAUUAUGCCAAAGUGCGAUUUAAAAACGAGAUACAUACCAGCGACUUUUGCUUGGACAUUGUUAAUAGUGGCAACAACAUUAUUUUUCUAUUAUCCAGCCCGGUUUUUCUUGAAUAACCAUCCAUGGGUGCCAGCAUGUCAAGGGGUUAUUACAUUUUUCGUUAUUGCAAAUUUUACUUUAGCAACUUUUAUGGACCCUGGUAUUAUUCCAAAGGCACCUCCUGACGAAGACAGGGAAGAUGAUUUUAGAGCACCUCUGUAUAAAAAUGUUGACAUAAACGGCAUUACAGUUCGCAUGAAAUGGUGUGUCACAUGUAAAUUCUAUAGACCACCAAGAUGUUCUCACUGUAGUGUUUGUAAUCAUUGUAUAGAGACUUUUGAUCACCACUGUCCAUGGGUAAACAAUUGUAUUGGAAGAAGAAACUACAGAUUUUUCUUUUUCUUCCUCAUAUCACUAAGUCUACAUAUGAUUAGUAUAUUCUCAAUAAGCUUAGUUUAUGUGCUGCAUUAUCAGAGGAGCUUUUCUGACACAGAACCAAUUAUUGCUAUGGUGUUAAUGGGCUUAGUUACAUUACUAUCAAUACCAAUAUUUGGCCUCACUGGUUUUCAUAUGGUUUUAGUUUCGAGGGGGAGGACGACAAACGAACAAGUUACAGGCAAAUUUAAAGGUGGAUAUAAUCCAUUUUCUAGAGGUUGUUGGGAUAACUGUUGUUACACACAAUUUGGACCUCAAUUUCCUAGUUUAUUAAAACCUCAAAAAUACAACGUAAAACGAAAACACUGUCCACAUGGUCCCAUUGCGACCAUAACAAAUGACAGUCAAGUAAAAACUUACAUGGACAACAGCAAUGGCAUCAGAAACAUCAACUCCAAUGCUUACAACAAGAUGUCGCCUGGCCGCGACAACUGCGACCUCGACAUGGAGCCGUCCGCCUCUCAGUCGCAGGACUGCGAGCCGACGCCGCCGCUGCAGCGGCACGGCUCCAAGUCGAACUUCUUCCUGCCCGCGAUGGAGGCGGACUCGCCGCGCCACCCGCCGCGCGGCCCGGUCGCGCAGCACUACGCGCGCGGCAGCCCGCACCCCAGGCCGCGGGGCGCCGAGGCGGGGGCGGCGCGCGUCGGCCCGUGCGACGGCGCGCCGCAGCGGCCCUCGCCCACCAUGCAGCAGCGCGUCAAGGCGCUCGGCGUGCCCACGCCCCUCGUCAUGAGCAGCCCGGUGCGCAGAUCGAACCCGAGCACGCCGACGCAGCCGCGCAGGCCCGACUUCAUCGGCGUCGUCUACUCGAACCACGCCGGCCAGUACUACGAGUUCCAGCCGCAGGACAACCCCGCGCAGAGGCAGAUGAUGGUGCAGACGGCCGGCGCAUACGGCAGCCCGCAAAGGAGGUUUAUGUCGGAGGGCGAGCUGGUGCGCCAGGAGGCGCAGCUGUCGUACCCUCGUUCGAACAACACCGCCGACAACAUCAGGGAGCUGGCCAACAGCCCGCAGCGCGGCGUCUACAUGUGGAAGGACACGUCGCCCGGCGGCUACGCGCAGCCGCCGCCGCCGCCCGGCGCCGGCCAUCCGCCGCCCGCGCACAACGAUUUCUACCGCUCGAACCCGACCAGCCCCACGCAGCAGGGCUACGGCGCGCCGCCCGCGCGCGCAUACCAUCCGGCGCAGCGGGGCGGCGUGCCGGUCUACCCGCCGCAGAGCCCGCAGGUGCACCGCAAGCUGCAGGUGGCAGGCGGCGGCGGCGGCGGCGUCGGCGCGCAGAACGCGGCCGACAACCGGCGCAGGCCGAUGUCGUUCGUGCGCGCGCUCGAAAUGUCCGACUCGGUCGAGAACGGUCAGUGCGCGGCGCACGCGGCCGCCCCCAACGCGCAGCAGCAGCAGCAGCUGACGCAGCGGCCCUCCACCCCCGACCGCGCCAGCGUCUACGACAUGAACUACGAGAUAUCGGUGUAGGGCCGGCGUAGGCACUCUCGCCCCGCCGAAUGAGUGCACCCCUCGUACAUUCUCUGCAUCAGAGACCGCCCAUAACAUCGAUCGCGACACGGUGAACCCCCCCACCCUCCAAGCUUUGUCGCUACACAGUCCUUUUUUAAUUUAUAUAAAAAAAAAUUAAUCUAAACUUCCGUCGUCAAUAUGUUAAAUUAUAGCUUUGAUUAAUCAAGAGUCAUGGAUUAGCCAGAGCCAAUUAGACAUCUCAAAAGAAUUACAAAUAAUUUGUAAUUCUUUUGAGAUAUCUAAUUGGCUCUGACCAAUCCAUGACUCUUGAUAAAUAAAGCUAUCUCUAAAGGAUUUGAUUGGUGUUAACUAAUUUCUCAUUCUUAAUGGAAGAAAGCUAAUGUCUUCCAAACAAAUCCACUCAUAAUAUAACAUAAUAAGUAUCAAUUUUUUAUUUAGAGGCAUUCCACGGUACUUUUUGUCCCGACCGUCGCAAUAAAAAUUUCUGAGUAGAAGCUACUCACCUAAAGGCAUAAUAAACAAUAAUAUUUUAAAAUAAACGGUAGUUUUUGCUUACAAUUUUUUAUGGCGACGGUCGCGACAUAUUGUGGAAUUUCAAUUGAAUCGUGAAAAGGCGUUUUUAAAGAGAUUCUACCCAUAAUAUCACUUUUGUGGUUCGAAAAUACGUUUUUUAACAAUAUAUUGGACAUUUUUAAAUUCCCAAAAUUAAAGAAAAUUUGCGAGCGGGUCUAAUAGAUUGGCCGGGGACUGUAAAUAUGGAAAAUACUUUAUGACUUUAUGUAACUCUAUGGGUACUUUUUUAUUUGAAGAGCUACGAGGUCUGUUAAAUUGGAGAAAAGUUAACAUGAAAUUUAUAAAUUGAAAAAAAAUAUUUGAAAUAACUUAAAACCAAAACAUUGAAAAAAAAUUCCCCCAAAAGUUUGAGCCCUUUAUUUUGAUUUUAAGUACUUCAAGGUGAAUUGAGUUAGAGAAAAAAUAGAAAUUUAAAAAAAUUGAUUGAAAAUACAUGCUUCUUAAAUGGGAAAAAUUCAAAAUGAAAAAGAAAUUACUUAAAUUAAGGGCUUAAACUUUGUGGGAUUUUUUUUUUCGAUGUUUUGAACAAUAUUUUGGUGAAAAACAAAAAAGAGUCAUUUUAUAUGAAAAACCCCACAACAAAAGAUGGUUGUGGUAUCUUAAAAUCCAGUGGACGAAAAAAAUCACAAAUUUUAUUAAAAUGUGGAUAAAUGUUUAUUUUUCACAGGACAGGUUUUCAGUUUUUUAAAUUGUUUAAGAACCGUUGAUUUUUUCUCCAAUUUCUAAAUGCCAUUUUAAAAGACUUGUAAUUAGGCAGUUUUUUGUCUUGUAGAUCUUCAAAUAAAAAAUACACCCAUAGGUAUUUGUGAAAAGAAUUUUCUGUAAUUAAUUUGGUCCUUCCCAGCAUUUGGACUGUCAAAGACAUGCGCAAUACCUAAGUCGCAUGCGCAGUAGAAUAUUUGGACGCGACUUUUAUUGAGCAUGUCCGUGACGUCCAUUUAACAGAUCAAAAAAUCUCAACAUUCUUUGGUACCUAAGCAACUGAAAAUGACUAUACCCCCAAUAUAACAAUAAAUAUAAACACAUGGUACAGUUGUGAUUACAAACAUCACAUUUUUUCGUAAAAAAGACUUCGCGACAAAGCUUGGAACCACACAAACAAAUAUAAAUAUAUAUAUAGUAUAACUCCCCCCUCCUCCCCAUGCCCCUCAAUCAAAACAUGGACCUGUGACCUUGUAGUGUGUGUACUAUAUCUGGGUGUUAUUUGUUGUUAAAAUAGUGGCCGAUUUCCGGGAACUUUAUGAAUAAAACGAGAACCAGCCCGAGAAUCGUGCUUUAAGACCAAAAAAACUUUUAAAAUUAUUAUUCUCUUAAAACACAGUUCUAGAGUUACUCUCAAUUAAUGUCUUUCUAUAUUAUAUUGAAUGUGACAGUUUGGUGGCGUCGCAGCCAACUUCUCUCCGCACAGGGUAAAACAGUUGAAAGCAGCUGCACUAUAGGAGAGAAGUUGGCUUUUGACUGGUCACUGAAAUGGCGUAUUGGGUCGCAAAUUGAAAUAAAUCAUCUGAAUUUAAGGAAAUUUUAUUAUUAAUGACUGACUGUGACUCAGGUUUAUUCGAGUUAUUAAAUGCUAAUUGAGAUAAUUGAUAGGGUUAAAAUUUGAAGUGAAGAAAACAUAUCUAGAUAGAAUUAUGUAAAAUAUAUUAUUCCUGAUUUUAUUGGAUGUUGUGGCUUCUUGAGUCAUUUGAUUAAUUUCAUGACCCCCAAUUAUUGGUAAAUCGUACUUCACAUGGAUUUUUUAUCUAUUGACCUCAAGCAAAACAAAAACAAAGAAGCAUGCAGCUCAGGAGAUUUUUUAAACAAUGAAUUUUUUGUUCAGUGUAAUAUCUUAAGUUAUGGUGUAAAUAUAUAAGAAAUUUAGUAAAACUGGUAUUUUAUUCCACGCGGUUUCACAGGUGUCAGAAUUGCCUCUCGGUAUUCAAACUAUUUAAUUUAUGAAAAAGUACUGAAUAAAUUAGUCGAGCAUAAACUAGAUAUUUUUUCAAUUUUUCAAUACAUUUAAAUUUAGGUGUAACUUUUUAAUUUAACGUUUGUGGCUGUUUUCCUAACAUAAAUUAAUUUUUAUAAUAACGACUUAAAAUAAAUAUGAUUUCAUAAAUUAAUUAAUCUUCCACGUGUUUAUUUCUUAACAAAAUGGUGCGAAAAUGCAUAUUUUUAUUUUAAUUAAGUAUACCUAGAAUAGUUCGUGUAAAUAAAUCUAUGUUAUGUAUAUAUUUGUGAUUUUAAUUUAAUUUUGUCUUUGCGAUGUUUUUUGAUAUUUAUAUAAACUUAGGUGCUUUUUAUUCACAGGAGGUAAUGUAAAAAAUAUACUUUUUGUGUUCUUGGUUCGAUUAUGUUUUGUAUAUUUUAGUUAAUUUUUUAAUAGUAUGUUUUUUGUAUUAACUCUAUUUUCUACUUUGCCUGGAUUUUAUUGUUAAAAUUUGUUUUCUCAAUGUAACUUUUUGUUAUUUCUUUUCUAAUUAAAAAUAUGAUUUACAUUUAUUUUUAUACAUAUUUAUUUCUGUUAAUGUUGAUUGAAAUUUA